AAAACUUUUUUGUAUCGAAGGAAUCAACAGCCGCCAUCUUGUCGUGGCUCGGAAUUAGGAUUUCGGUCCAACGCUGGUUUUAACGUAGAAAUUGGACAUCCUUUCCGCGAUAUGACAGCGACAUUGGCCUCACAUUGUAAUCUUAACGUCGCCUCGGAGACAUUUUGUGCGAAAAAACGGGACUGGGAACGGUGGUCGUCGGGCAGAAACGCUCCGUAGAUCUGAUUUCCCCUUCAGAGUGCGGCGAUUCAGCCCCUGACGCUGUCCGGGAGCCGUAUUGUUUACCAGGCGGACAACUGGUCGUGGCUUUAUAAUUUUAGUGCAGACCAGCUGCAUUUUUGUGCAAUUGUGCAUUUUUGUAAAGCUCCGUUGGAUUUUUGCAUGAAGAAAUUUGACGUCACGCAAAAUGGUUUCUUUGGACAUUUAGAUUUUUUUCUCGCUAAAAUGCAUCAGUUUACUUGAUCUAUUUGGAUUGUUAUUUUGACGCUCGGUUUUUACAUGGAGAACAUUUUAUUUGGCUUUAUUUAACGACGAUAAUGUGGGUGUUGGGUGUUGGAUUAUCAUGGGGUGAAUGGCGGUGGCGAAGCGGGGCGCUAUUGCAUCUCUUUUGAAAGGCUCACAGCACGAAGUGGCUAACCUAGCUCGUAGCAGGCAAUUAUCAAGCUAUUAGCCAGUUAGCUCACGUUAGCAUGCUGUCAGCUUGCUAAUGUGCAAAAGUUGAUAGAGCAACGUCUUUCUGGAAGUAUUGAAAUUGAAACAACAAACACGUCCAGCUGGAAACUAUACAACCAUGGCUGACAACCUGCUGGAUGUAGGACCUCCAAACUCAAAGCGGCCGAAGCUGAAUUCACCUGCGCUGUCAGCCUCUGAUGGAACAGAUCUGGGCUCCAUAUCCUAUGAUCUCGAAAAUGACCUGCCAGAUGAGUUGAUUCGUAACGGAGAUCCUCAGCCUGAUGGGGAAAUGCCAUCGAACGGUGGAGCGCCAGGUGGACCCACAGGGGGCAGUGUUGUCCCUGAUGCAGUAGCGAAGCACAAGCAGCUCUCCGAACUGCUUCGGGGUAGCAACACCAAUAUGGCCGGCACAGGUCUGAACUGCAGCCCUCAGCCUGGUAACAUGGGGGCACAGCUCGCCUCAGCAUUAGGCAAAAGUCCUCUUGGCCAAGGCUCACCCAACAACCACACAUCUCCUCAGGCACAAAAAGCCUCAACGCCAACAGGAGUUGCAGGACAGAACAACAAUAACACCACAACAAUGGGCUUUAACCAAGCUAUGAUGAACAAUAACCAGACUCAUCCAGGUCUCUUGGCCCAAGGAGCUCCGCCUCAACAGGGCCAAGUGAUGAAUGGUGGACUUGGCCCUGGGGUGGGUAGAGGCAGAGGUGCAGGCAUGCACUUUCAGAGCCCCACGAUGCAGGCAGCACCCCCGGGAGGAGCUGGAAGUGCCCUGGCAGAGACACUCACUCAGGGGCAGCAGAUGGCAGCCCACACUGCUCUGGGAGCACAACAGCAGACGGCCAACUUGAAUAAGAUGAGUCUGAGCAGUAAUGGGGCCCCAUUCGGAACACAGUCUUAUGGACAGACCACUUCAGGUCCAGGGCAGCUCCAAAACAAGGCCCUCACCAACAGUUUACCAUCCUUCCCCAAUGAACUUAAAGGAGCUGCAGUCACUAGUGUGCCAAACAUGCAGCAGCCUCAGCAGGCGGCCAUGUUGCCUCUGGCGGGGGGUGGGGGAGUGGCAGUGCCUUCGGCUGGACCCACCGCUGACCCCGAGAAACGCAAGCUCAUCCAGCAGCAGCUGGUCCUGCUGCUUCACGCACACAAAUGCCAGCGCAGAGAGCAGGCCAAUGGGGAGGUGAGGACCUGCGCCCUGCCCCACUGUCGCACCAUGAAGAACGUCCUUAACCACAUGACCCACUGUCAAGCCGGAAAGUCCUGCCAAGUUGCGCAUUGUGCAUCAUCCAGACAAAUCAUCUCUCACUGGAAAAACUGUACACGGCAUGACUGUCCUGUGUGUCUCCCGCUGAAAAACGCCAGUGACAAAAGAACUCAGCCGCCCAUGCUGAGCUCCCCCAACACGGGACUCCAAAACACCAUGUCGUCAGUAGGAGUAGGCCAGCCCAGCGCUCCCACCAUCAAUACCUCAGCACCCAUUGACCCCAGCUCCAUGCAGAGGGCUUACGCCGCACUCGGACUCACCUACAACAGUCAGACUACAGGGCAGGCACAGGUCCAACAGGCUCACGGUCCGGGACAGGCGGCAACCACCAAUGCACAGGCUCAGCAACUUCAGCAGAUGAGACCUAUGGCCCACGGCAACCAGAUUUCUCUUGGUGCUGCAGCAAUGGGCGUGACGACUUCUGAACAGACUAACCUGCACACAGAAAAUCUCCCUAAUGCGCUCAACACUAACAAUCAGCUGCUCCAGGAUGGGUCUAGCGUAGGCUCUAUGGGAAACCUUCCCACAGCAGCCCCAUCCACCACAGGCAUCAGGAAGGCCUGGCAUGAGCAUGUGACUCAGGACCUGCGUAAUCACCUCGUCCACAAACUAGUACAAGCCAUAUUUCCAACACCCGACCCGGCAGCUCUGAAGGACAGGCGAAUGGAAAACCUGGUGGCCUACGCGAGGAAAGUAGAGGGCGACAUGUACGAGACGGCAAAUAGCAGGGAUGAAUAUUAUCACUUUCUGGCUGAGAAAAUUUAUAAAAUCCAAAAAGAAUUGGAAGAAAAGAGGCGCUCUAGGCAACUGAAGCAAAUCAUCAACCAGUCUCCUAUGGCUGCGGCAGGGGCGCAGCAGCCUGGCCUUCCCCAGCCCAAUGCCCUUGGCAUCAGACCUCAGAAUGGCCCUGUUGCAAUGCCCAAUUUACCAAAUCCAAUGGGAAUGAAUCGUGUGCAGGUGUCACAGGGAAUGAACCAGUUUAACCAUAUGCCAAUGCCAAACACUCAAAUACCCCAGGCAGCUAUGGGACCCCGGGCAGCCUCACCAAUGAAAUCACCCAAACAGAUGAACAUGACUGUUCCACCGAGAGGCAUGUCUCCCUCCCGAGUGCCCGCGGCCCAGAGCAUGAUGGGCGCUCAUGGGGCUGCAAACAUGGUAGGGCAGAAUACAAACCAGGGCCAGUUUCUGCCUCAGAAUCAGUUCCCCCCAGCUGCAUCUGUUGCUGCUCCAGGAUCCAUGAAUGUGACUGUGGGACCUGGAAUGGGUCAGGCUCAGGCACAGGCUGCUGUCACCCAGCAGCAGAGCGCUAACCUCCCCAUGAAUGCACUUGGCCCUUCGCUGGGCUCUCAGCUAGCCUCUUCCCAAACCCCCUUGCACUCCACGCCUCCACCUACUGCCUCUACGGCUGGGGCAGCCACUAACCUGUCGCUCCCCCAGCCCUCCAGCCGCAGCUCCACCCCCACCCUCCCUGCUCCUGCACCGGUACAGGGUGCCACCCCACCCUGUCCCACCCAGCCCCAAACCCAAGCGGAGCACCCUGCAGCAGCACAGACGCAGGCCCCCCAGGCUCCGCCCCCCACCACUCCGCUGUCCCAGCCAGGAGCCAGUCUAGACAACAGGGUGCCCACACCGGCCUCAGCUGCAAGUGCUGACCUGCACCCGCCCCAUGUCGCUGCUGACCUGCCUCUUCAGGAGGUGAAGACAGAGGCACACAGUGAGCAACAGGACUUUGAGGCCGCUGGCGGCAAAACUGAGCCCAAGAUGGAGACUGUAGAUGAGGCUGGUUCAAUGUUGGUGAAGAAGGAGGAGCCUGAAGAGAAGCCGGAAGCAAUGGAGGUGGAAGAGAAAAAGCCGGAAAUGAAGACAGAACCCAAAGAUGAAGAAGAGAGUGGAGCAAACAGUGCCACCUCCUCCUCAUCCUCUCAAUCACGGAGAAAAAUUUUUAAACCGGAAGAGUUGCGGCAGGCUUUGAUGCCAACAUUGGAGUCUUUGUACAGACAGGACCCUGAGUCUCUGCCCUUCAGACAGCCAGUGGAUCCACUCCUUUUGGGCAUCCCAGAUUACUUUGACAUUGUGAAGAACCCUAUAGACCUCUCUACAAUAAAGCGUAAGCUUGACACAGGUCAAUACCAAGAGCCCUGGCAGUAUGUGGAUGAUGUUUGGUUGAUGUUCAAUAAUGCCUGGCUUUACAACCGCAAGACAUCCCGUGUCUACAAGUACUGCUCUAAGCUCGCCGAGGUGUUUGAGGCUGAGAUUGACCCAGUGAUGCAGGGUCUGGGCUACUGCUGUGGCAGGAAGUACGAGUUCUCUCCUCAAACGCUGUGUUGCUAUGGGAAACAACUUUGUACGAUACCGACUGGAGGCACAUACUACAGUUACCAGAACAGGUACCAUUUCUGUGAAAAGUGCUUUAAUGAGAUCCAGGGAGAGAGUGUCACAUUGGGCGAUGAUCCUGCUCAACCUCAGACGAUGAUUUCAAAAGACCAAUUUGAAAGAAAAAAGAAUGAUGUUCUAGACCCUGAACCGUUUGUUGAAUGUAAAGACUGUGGGCGGAAGAUGCAUCAGAUAUGCGUUUUACACUAUGAGGUCAUCUGGCCUUCUGGAUUCAUCUGUGACAACUGUUCCAAGAAAAGUGGGAAAACACGCAAGGAGAAUAAGUUUACUGCCAAACGGCUUCAGUCCACUCGACUGGGAACUUUCAUAGAGGAUCGUGUGAAUAAAUACUUGAAAAGACAAAACCACCCAGAGGCCGGAGAGGUGUUUGUGCGAGUGGUGGCGAGCUCUGACAAAACGGUAGAAGUCAAACCAGGCAUGAAAUCAAGGUUCGUUGAUACAGGAGAAAUGCCUGAAACUUUUCCCUACAGAACCAAAGCACUUUUUGCCUUUGAGGAGAUUGAUGGUGUUGAUGUGUGCUUUUUUGGCAUGCAUGUACAGGAGUAUGGCUCUGAAUGUGCAUUUCCAAACACUAGACGUGUAUACAUAUCAUACCUUGACAGUAUUCAUUUCUUCAGACCUCGUAUUUUACGAACAGCUGUCUACCAUGAGAUCCUUAUUGGCUAUUUAGAAUACGUCAAAAAACUAGGUUAUGCUCAGGGGCAUAUUUGGGCCUGUCCACCCAGUGAAGGAGAUGACUACAUCUUCCAUUGUCACCCUCCUGACCAGAAGAUCCCGAAGCCCAAAAGGCUCCAGGAGUGGUAUCGAAAAAUGUUAGACAAAGCAUUUGCAGAGCGGAUCAUACACGACUACAAGGACAUCUUCAAACAGGCAACUGAGGACCGUUUAACAAGUGCCAAUGAGCUGCCUUACUUUGAGGGUGACUUCUGGCCCAACGUGUUGGAGGAAAGUAUUAAGGAGCUGGAGCAGGAAGAGGAGGAGAGGAAAAAAGAGGAGCAUACUGCAGCCUCUGAAACUCCUGAGGGGACUCCGGGGGACAGCAAAAACGCAAAGAAAAAGAACAAUAAAAAGACCAACAAAAACAAGAGCAGCGUGAGCCGAGCAAACAAGAAGAAACCAGGGAUGCCAAACGUAGCUAAUGAUUUGUCCCAGAAACUGUAUGCAACCAUGGAGAAGCACAAAGAGGUGUUCUUUGUGAUCCACCUCCACUCGGCUCCAAUGAUCAACACUCUACCCCCUUUGGUGGACCCGGACCCCCUGCUCUCCUGUGACCUGAUGGAUGGGCGAGAUGCGUUCCUCACUUUAGCCAGAGACAAACACUGGGAGUUCAGCUCCCUUAGAAGGUGCAAGUGGAGCACAAUGUGCAUGCUCGUUGAGCUGCAUAACCAGGGCCAGGACCGCUUUGUUUACACAUGUAAUGAGUGCAAACAUCAUGUGGAGACUCGCUGGCACUGCACUGUUUGUGAGGACUUUGAUUUGUGCAUCAACUGUUACAACUCAAAGGGCCACGAGCAUCAUAUGGUCAAGUGGGGUCUUGGGCUGGAUGACGACAACAACAGUCAGAGUGGGGAACCCUCCAAGAGCCCCCAGGAGAGCCGGCGCUUGAGCAUCCAGCGUUGCAUCCAGUCCUUGGUCCACGCCUGUCAGUGUCGCAACGCCAACUGUUCACUUCCUUCCUGCCAGAAGAUGAAGCGUGUGGUCCAGCACACCAAAGGAUGCAAACGCAAAACCAAUGGUGGCUGUCCUGUUUGCAAACAGCUCAUUGCUCUAUGCUGUUAUCAUGCCAAGCACUGUCAGGAGAACAAGUGUCCUGUCCCCUUCUGUUUGAAUAUCAAACACAAACUUCGCCAGCAGCAGCUGCAGCAUAGGCUACAACAAGCCCAGAUGAUGAGGAGAAGAAUGGCCACCAUGCAGGUCAGGACCAUGCCACUACCCUCCCCACCUGCAUCUGCUACUCCCAAUACCCCAACUGGUCAUGCACAGCCCUCUACUCCCCAGACACCCCAGCAACCCCCGUCCAAUCAGCCGCAGACACCCAACUCUGUGGGUGUGAUGUCCCCCUCGUAUCCUAAUGCCCCACGCAAUGGACAGCCUCAAUCUCAGGUGUCUCAAGGGAAACCUGGCCCUCAGGCGUCUCCUCUGCACCAGCAGCAGUCCCCUCUGCCCCAGCCCCCUCAGCCACAGCAGCAGAUGCCCCAACAGCCGCCACUGGCUGCCGUCAAAAUGGCACGACACAUAGAGAUCAUCGCACAGGCCCAGCAGAACCAACAGAACUACAGGGUCAACAUGAACGGGCUUCCCAUGAACCAGCCUGCCCAGCAGCGCAUGACUGGCCCAAUGCAGCCCCCCAUGCAGAUGGUCCCUGGGCCUCGAGGACCCCCACAGGUCAUGCAGCCCAACAUGACUCCAGGGCAGUGGCCCGGAGCAGCAGGUCCUAUGCAGACCCCUCAGGCCCAGCAGCCAGGUCUAGUCCCAGGACAAAAUCCACAGCAAACCAUGGCCAUGCAGCGACCUAUGAUAGCCCCUGGACAGCAGCCUCAACCAGGGCAAAGGAUGCUCAUCUCCCAACAGCCUGGAGCCCGGCCACAGGCACCUCAGAGGCCCGGGGCAAUAGCUCCCAAUGCUCUGCAGGAUCUGCUCCGGACUCUGAAGUCCCCUAGCUCCCCACAACAACAGCAGCAGGUUCUUAACAUCCUUAAGUCAAACCCUCAGCUCAUGGCUGCCUUCAUUAAGCAGCGGACGGCCAAGUACCAUGCCAACCAACCCCAGCAGCAGACUGGCCAGCCUCAGCAGCAGCAAAUGGGAGGGAUGCAAGCCAUGGCAAUGCAAGGGGGAGCUGUACAGAGGCCGGGUAUGCCCCCUCAGCAGCCUCCUGCUCAGGGUAUGGGAGCCCUGGCAGCCCAAGGCCAGCUCAUGAAUGCAGCGCACAGUAACAACCCUCAGCUCCAGGAGAUGUACCGACGGCAGCUGCUCAGACAACAACAGCAGCAGCAACAACAACAACAGCAACAGCAGCAACAGGGUGUGAUGCCCCAAGGCCACACCCAGUUUCCUGCUCAGCCCCCUGGCUCCACUGCCACCUACUCCCAGCUCCGCAUGCAGCAGCAGCAGCAGCAGAUCACCAUGCAGCCUGGGGCAGGGGCACCAGGGGGACCUAUGAGCCAACUGUCACCAAUGAACCAAAUGGGCCAGCCUGGUAUGGCCAUGGACUCCACCCAGAACAUCUUGCACCAACGAAUGCUCCAGCAGCAGCAGCAGCUUCCCCCGCAGCAGCAGGCUGUGCUCAAACAGCAGAUGGGCUCUCCCGCUCAGCCCAGCCCCAUGAGCCCGCAGACUCACCUGCUUGCAGGACAGGCACAGGGUGGCCCUCACCUUCCCGGACAGCCUGCACUUACCAAUGCUCUCAGCAACCAGGUGCGCUCACCUGCCCCAGUCCAGUCGCCCUGCCCGCCCUCACAGCCACCCCAACCACCCCAGCUCCCGCCACAUUCCAGUCCCUCCCCACAGGUGCAGCCCCAGCCCUCACCACAGCACCCACCUCCGCCACAUACGGGCUCGCCACACCCUGGCUUAGGGGGACCUCUGUCUGCAUCUAUGGAGCAGGGACAUUUGGGGACUCCAGAACAGAGUGCCAUGCUACCACAGCUAAACACACCGAACAGAGGAUUGAACAGUGAACUGGGAGUCAUGGGAGACGCUACAGGGGACACUCUAGAGAAGUUUGUUGAGGGAUUGUAGCAUCUGUGCUGGGAACAUACUGAACAAUAUCCCUUUUUUGGACCGACCACCCGUCCUGUUUUUUCUGGAUUCCCAACUUGUUAGAGGGCUUUGUUUGUUCUUUCUAAGGCAGAGAACGUUUUUGUACUGACUUGUAUAAAGUUUCCUCUGUAUAAAGACAAUUUGGUCAAAAAAUAAUUAAACGCUUCUUGGGGAUAUAAUUGUUUCCUAUACCCUGUUCUUUGGGGUUUUCUUCCUUAAAAUGUUGAAGGAUUUGCAAGUUGCUUCUUAAAUAAAAAUAAAUCAUAAAGAAUAUAUUUUUGGUUGAGACCAAAUGUGUUCAAUAUUCAACUUAUUUUUGGUUUGUUUUUGGUAUGGUUACAUGCCCUCUUGUUUCUUUUAUUAAAGAAAAUGUACAAUUGCAUUAUUAUAUUCAUAUCUUUUAUUUUGUACCUUUGGAGAAAGACCUUAAAGCAUUUUGUGUUGCAACUGUAAAAUAUUUGUUUUGUCAGGGAGUUGGGCCAGGGUUUUGUUUGUUGUUAUCUAGUGUUGUAUCCAUUAGUCCAAAUGAUGCGUUCAGGGACAAACCGCUCCCUUUCUCUUUUGUGUAUGAAGAGCACUCUGUUGUAAUUAUAUAGGAAACGGACUGCUGCAGGUUGUGAAAACACAAGCAUGCACGCAGGUGCACAUGAAGACCCUGACACAAACCUUCAGUCUCUAAAAUUGGUUUCAGAAAACAAGGACUGCCAUCUCAGUGGCCUGUUAUUUAAAAAAAAAAAAAAAAUCUGUCUUUGCAGGUGUAAAAACGUUUGUCAUACUUUCUUGUCAUACAGAUGUUGUAAAGUGUAAAGAGAGAGAGAGAGAAAAAGACUAGACACCCCUGAUAUGAGGAGGAAUGAUUGCUGGUUGUCUAUAUGCUACAUCUUAAAUGACCCCCAUCUUCUAAAUUUUACACAUGUAUAGAGAUGAAGGGCACAUUUGAGAUUCACCACAAGGAAAACAAAAUGUCAACAGUCAUUCCCCUCUCACAAAAACUUGAACUUGGGGAUUAUCUUUUUCUCCUAUUGUAAAUCAAGUUAUUAAACAAAAUACUAUAAUUAUAAGGAAGAGAGAAUGAAAUCGCUGUACAAACUGGUAAAAGACUCAUUUCUUACUUAUAUACCAUAUUGUUAAAUAAACUGUGCAACAGAAGAACUCCGGUACUCUGUUGAGUGAAUAAUAAUGAGGCAUUGCCCAUCUUUUUCAUUUUGUUUUCUAUUUGUUGCAACUCAGUACUGUUUCUUUGCAUCCUACAAGUUGGAUUAAAGCCAUGUAUUUGCACG